CUCGGGAGGCUGGAUUAGCCACAAGUUGUGGUGAACCAGGGUAAAAUCGGUGUGCCUCUUACUCUUCUCUUUACUUUUCGUUUAUUCAUUUUUAUUCCUGCGAUUUUUUGAUCAAAUGCUAUUCACCCUUCCUCUAGCGUUGGUCUAUUAUUCUAACAAUUGGUAUCAGAGCCUAACUCACGUCCAAACUUAACCGUUUGAGAGUAAAGCGAUCAUGGGUUCUUCUUCUAGAAAUCUCUAUGCAGGAAUUGGAGAAGGUCAAUCAACUUCUAGGCCACCACUCUUUGAUGGCACCAACUACUCCUAUCGGAAGGAACGGAUGAGAAUUUAUAUCAGUUCCACCAACUUCCAAUUAUGGUUGGUCAUCAAAAACGGAGAGCAAAUCCCUAUGAAGAAAGUAGGAGAAACCACAGUCCCAAAAACCGAGGACGAGUUUGAUGCUGAAGACAUCAAGAAGGUUGAAAACUACGCAAAAGCUAUCAACAUGCUUUACUGUGCGGUUAACCCCGAUGACUACUGGAAAAUCUCAUGCUGCACAACCGCCAAGGAGAUGUGGGACAAGCUUGAAGUGACGUACGAAGGUACCGAUCAAGUUCGUGAAGCCAAGAUCGAUUUUCUCACCCAAGAGUACGAAAUGUUCCGAAUGAAAGAAGGUGAGAAAAUCGAUGACAUGUUCGACCGGUUCUCAAAGAUCAUCAACGAUCUUCAUGCUCUCAAAAAGACUUACGCCAACAAGGAUCUCGUGAGGAAAAUCCUGCGGAGUCUCACACCCGAAUGGAGGUCAAAAGCCGAUGCAAUCUACGAAUCCAUUGGAGUCUCAAAUGUCACCAUCGACGGGCUAAGAGGUAAUCUCAAAACUUAUGAAUCUACUAUUCUAACCCCGUCUUUGGAUGAACAAAAGAAGAAAGGAAUAGCGCUCAAAGCAACCAAGGAGACUAUGGAAGAAGUCUCAAGUGAUGACGACAACGAGUUCGGACUCGUCAUCAAGAAAUUCCACAAAUUCAUGAAGAAGGAAUUUGAACGGAAAGGAAGAAAGCACGACGGUCCCCCGAAGUGCUAUGGCUGUGGCGAGAUAGGCCACAUCAAGCCAAGAUGUCCAAAAGGCAAAAGCGGCAAGGACAAACCUGGCUUCAAAAAGCAACGAGCCUAUAUCUCAUGGGGCGGUGACUCUGGCGACGAGUCAACUGAUCAAGAAGAGGAGGAAGCCGCCAACCUCUGCCUCAUGGCGCACGAAGAUCAAACCGACGACGUUCAAGAGGUAUGUACCAUUUCUUCCGACUCUUAUACUUUUGAAGAAAUGCAAGAAGCACUUCAUGAACUUUAUGAUGAACUUGUUAACGCUUCUAAAACCAACAAAUCUUUAAAGAAACGGCUUUCAACUCUUGAAAGUGAUUUUGAAAAACUGGAAAAGGAUAAUGAAAGGUACCCCGUUCAUGAAAUCAGGGGGAACCUGGCAACAGCACUGUCCAGGAGACCCAACAGCACUGUUGAGGGAAACACCGUCAACCAGAAAGAUAAGAACAGGGCAGGAGCUUCCGGCAAAUCCAAAGCCAAAUCCCGGGCACCGACAACCAACUCCGAGGAGCGCCUCUACUAUGGCGACGGAUCGUACCUCUGGUUCGAUUCCGAGGAGGAGCGCACCCGCUUUCUCACUUUCUUCUCUAAACGGGUUGUGGCUCCCCAACGAAUCAUUCCGGAGUGCUACCCGGAGCUACAGGGCUACGACGACCUUGACGUACAACUUCAUCAAGCCGGCCUUUGGCCGUUCGUCUCCCGAGCGCGAAAGGAGAUCAACCCGGCGCUGAUCCAGGCCUUCUACUCCAACCUCCGGCGUGAGGACGACGUCAUCUACAGCCUCGUCAAGUCCACGCCGAUUGAGCUCACUGCUGAGCAGCUUGGGUGCAUCGCCGGUCUUCCCUUCCAAGGCAACGAUGUCUCUCACUAUGGCGGAGAGGACUGGGUGCUCAACAACGAGGGCCUUAUCCUCAACGAGCUUGGCAUCACCGAGCUCAUACGCCAUGCCUUGGGCCGCCCCACCAUCCACUCCGCUAACCCCGAAGGCCGUCUCGUUCUCUACAUCGUGUCCCGGAUCAUCAAACCCCGGAAGCACGGCCACACAAUCAUGUCCGGUGAGGACCUCAAGCUCGUCCACGCGAUCAUGCACUCGGCUCCAAUCAAUUGGGCGAAAUUUGUCAUGAUCAACAUGACGAUCGCCACCUCCACCGACCACGACCAUCUCCUCCCAUACCCAUUCGUGGUGAUGGACAUCCUUGAAUGGUUCAAGGUAACCACCACCGUUGGCCCGCUCACGAAGGCCACGAAACUUUGGACGAUCAGCGCCCAAACCUUCACAAAGCGGUCGGACAACACCGCGCCUGCCACUGCCGCGCCACGCCGCACUGCCCCUGCCGCUGGCCCAGCCGAACCCCAGGCCCGGGCCAACCUCGCCUCCAUCGCCGACUCCCUCAACCGGCUACACCUCAAAGUUGACGGGAUGGAUGGCUACCUUGAGCGGCUCGACGAGGCGGUCCAACGCCAAGGGUACGCCAUGAACGCGUACUUCCAACGCGUUAACUACGUCCCCCCACCGUACCAUGGCACGUUCUUUGGGCAAGUGUACGGUGACGAGGACGAAGACGAUGCCUCCUAUGCCCCGUCAAGCUCCCCGGAUGAUGACGAGUUCAACAAUGCCAUCGAUGGGGAUGAGAUGGACGUCGACGACGACGAGGAGGAAACCGAAGACGAAGCCUAGGACUCCCCUAGAUUUUCUAUCUCUUCUCUUUCAAUUAUCAUGUUUUUUUUAUUGCUUCCGUUGUACUCCGCUAUUUCCUUUAAUAAAUAAAAGUAUCUUUUAUCUUUUUGUUAAUGUCAAAAGGGGGAAGAAAAGGGCUAUGCAUAU